AUGGGAAAGAGGAGGAUUAGGAACGCAAGUAAAUAUUUAAAAGACCAACUGCAUGUCCCACUAACUAUCUUAGCCAUUCAACAUAGGAGAUACAGAGGGUCUUAUCCAGUCAACAUAGGAGUUACAGAGGGUCUUAUCCAGUCAACAUAGGAGUUACAGAGGGUCUUAUCCAGUCAACAUAGGAGUUACAGAGGGUCUUAUCCAGUCAACAUAGGAGUUACAGAGGGUCUUAUCCAGUCAACAUAGGAGUUACAGAGGGUCUUAUCCAGUCAACAUAGGAGUUACAGAGGGUCUUAUCCAGUCAACAUAGGAGUUACAGAGGGUCUUAUCCAGUCAACAUAGGAGUUACAGAGGGUCUUAUCCAGUCAACAUAGGAGUUACAGAGGGUCUUAUCCAGUCAACAUAGGAGUUAGAGGGUCUUAUCCAGUCAACACAGGAGUUACAGAGGGUCUUAUCCAGUCAACAUAGGAGUUACAGAGGGUCUUAUCCAGUCAACAUAGGAGUUACAGAGGGUCUUAUCCAGUCAACACAGGAGUUACAGAGGGUCUUAUCCAGUCAUAGGAGUUACAGAGGGUCUUAUCCAGUCAACAUAGGAGAUACAUAGGGUCUUAUCCAGUCAACAUAGGAGAUACAUAGGGUCUUAUCCAGUCAACAUAGGAGAUACAGAGGGUCUUAUCCAGUCAACAUAGGAGAUACAUAGGGUCUUAUCCAGUCAACACAGGAGUUACAGAGGGUCUUAUCCAGUCAACACAGGAGUUACAGAGGGUCUUAUCCAGUCAACAUAUCAGAUCUUUACCUGCUCCAAAGCCUGAUGGUGCUGAGGACCCAAAGCCGGUAACUGGUGUCGACCCAAAACCUCCAGACGCUGCCUGUGGUGCUGGGUUGUCCAGCUCUGCAAGCUGGGAGAGAGGAGAUCGGAUUACUCAGCAAAAAAAAGAAAUGUCCCCUCACUGUCAACUGCGUUUAUUUUCAGCAAACUUAACAUGUGUAAAUAUUUGUAUGAACAUAACAAGAUUCAACAACUGAGACAAACUGAACUAGUUCCACAGACAUGUGACGAACAGAAAUUGAAUAAUGUGUCCCUGAAUAAAGGGGUGGUCAAAAUCAAAAGUAACAGUCAGUAUCUGGUGUGGCCACCAGCUGCAUUAAGUACUGCAGUGCAUCUCCUCCUCAUGGACUGCACCCUAUUUGCCAGUUCUUGCUGUGAGAUGUUACCCCACUCUUCCACCAAGGCACCUGCAACUUCCCUGACAUUUCUGGGGGGAAUGGCCCUAGCCCUCACCCUCGAUCCAACAGGUCCCAGACGUGCUCAAUGGGAUUGAGAUCCGGGCUCUUCGCUGGCCAUGGCAGAACACUGACAUUCCUGUCUUGCAGGAAAUCACGCACAGAACGAGCAGUAUAGCUGGUGGCAUUGUCAUGCUGGAGGGUCAUGUCAGGAUGAGCCUGCAGGAAGGGUACCACAUGAGGGAGGAGGAUGUCUUCCCUGUAACACACAGCGUUGAGAUUGCCUGCAAUGACAACAAGCUCAGUCCGAUGAUGCUGUGACACACCGCCCCAGACCAUGACGGACCCUCCACCUCCAAAUCGAUCCCGCUCCAGAGUACAGGCCUCGGUGUAACGCUCAUUCCUUCGACAAACGCGAAUCCGACCAUCACCCCCGGUGAGACAAAACCGCAACUCGUCAGUGUAGAGCACUUUUUGCCAGUCCUGUCUGGUCCAGUGACGGAGGGUUUGUGUCCAUAGGCGACGUUGUUGCCAUUGAUGUCUGGUGAGGACCUGCCUUACAACAGGCCUACAAGCCCUCAGUCCAGCCUCUCUCAGCCUAUUGCGGACAGUCUGAGCACUGAUGGAGGGAUUGUACGUUCCUGGUGUAACUCGGGCAGUUGUUCUUGCCAUCCUGUACCUGUCCCACAGGUGUGAUGUUCGGAUGUACCGAUCCUGUGCAGGUGUUGUUACACAUGGUCUGCCACUGCGAGGACGAUCAGCUGUCCGUCCUGUCUCCCUGUAGCGCCGUCUUAGGCGUCUCACAGUAUGGACAUUGCAAUUUAUUGCCCUGGCCAGAUGAGCAGGGACCCUGGGCAUCUUUCUUUUGGUGUUUUUCAGUCAGUAGAAAGGCAUCUUUAGUGUCCUAAGUUUUCAUAACUGUGACCUUAAUUGCCUACCGUCUGUAAGCUGUUAGUGUCUUAACGACCAUUCCACAGGUGCAUGUUCAUUAAUUGUUUAUGGUUCAUUGAACAAGCAUGGGAAACAGUGUUUAAACCCUUUACAAUUAAGAUCUGUGAAGUUAUUUGGAUUUUUACAAAUUAUCUUUGAAAGACAGGGUCCUGAAAAAGGGACGUUUCUUUUUUUGCUGAAUUUAUAUGGCUUUCUAUUUUUCUUGUCGUAUUACUACAGAAAGAAGUGUGUGUGUGUGUGUGUGUGUGUGUGUGUGUCACCAUAGCGACUCUGGUGUUGCCGCUCAUAGCCCUCAGCUCCUGGACUCUGCUUCUCCAUUGGUUGACCAGCUGAUUGAUGACGUUAGCCUACAGACACAAGGAAGGCUGCUGUUAGUACUGAUUGAAAUUCAUUUCUCAGCAAAUAAAAAAGACAUACAGACAACAUGGAUGUAAUGGCAAUAUUCUCUGGAAUCACUGUCCUUAAGUUAGAAGCAAUUAAUUUAACCCCCUAAACUUCGCACUGCGGCUGCUCCAGCCUCUCCUACAUCACGUGUGUGUAUAUCCGAGGGGUUGGGUAAAAGCAGAAGAGAAAAUGUCUGUCUCAUAUGGAUCAAUAAAGUAUUCUUCUUCAUUACAUUGAAUCCCAGUGCAGAUGGCUUCAUGUUAUACUUUGUUAAUGCAGAUAAAGGGAUAUGCAUGUGAUUCUACUCACAUAUCCCUGCAGGUCUCCAGACGGCUUGGCGUUGUAAUACUCCAGUCUCAGCUCCUCUGGAGAGAGCUCUGUAAACCCUGCACAGAGGAGAAGAUAGGGUUCAAUGCCAUCCAGUUAAAAAUCACAGCCAAUCUAAUAUAGCCUACUACUACAUCGAGAUCUAUCCAAGAUGUUCCUUCCAUCCCAACUGAGGUAAUGGUUAACCAAACAACUGUGAGUGUGUGGCAGUGAGAAACUAACCGGACCAUUCUAUAGAGCAGGGUUCUUCAAUUCCGGUCCUGAAAGGGCCGAGGCACCUCUGUUUUUCAUCCUCUCCUUCUAAUCAGGGGCUAAUUCAGACCUGGGACACCAGGUGAUUGCAAUUAACUACCAGGUAGAAAUAAAAAACAGAAGUGUUUCGGCCCUCCAGGACCGGAAUUGAAGAACCCUGCUAUAGAGGGACAGACCAAAGCUAAGAAGUUCUCUUACCUGAGAUGGUUGCUUUGAGGACAGAGUAACAGGAGAAAAGCCACUGGCCUGAAGUCUCCCAGAUCUCCAUAUCCUUCUGGAUGGUCUCCCUGGUGAGGAGAGAAGACAUUCUAAUAACUGGCUAUUACAUUGACAGACUACUUUGUCCGGGACUAAUUGUGUGUGUGUGUGUGUCAAUUCUGAAUAGCAUUGAGGAAACUGUUUCCACCCGAGCAGUCACUGGACUUACAGGUGUUUCUCAUUGUCAUCUUCUUCCCUCCCAGCCUUGUCGAAGCUGCUUUGAGUGUUUAAGGCAGAAAAUCUGUUUUGGUUUGGAGAGGAGGCUGCGAAACUGAAGUUGGAGCUCUUGACUUGGGUGUCCCUUCCUCCUCCUCCUCCUCCUCCUGGACCCCAGUUGUUGCCCCCACCUCCCCCUCCUCUUCCUCCCCCUCCCCCCCAGUCAUCCCCACCCUGCUGGGAGGAGAAGGACGACGGCUGGACGUAGUUUCCUCCUCCAGACCUCUGAGCUGGGUUCACCCACACUCUGUUCCCAAACCCUGAAAACAGGACAUUCAAGGAUUAGACUACCUAAAUAUUGGAUGGGAGAAAUGUGUUGCUAGGCUGCAUGACGUGAUGACCCACUUUCAAUUAAUUGGCUUGAAUAGCCCAUUUGUUGUUGUUUUACUACAUAACCUUUGCUUAAGGUUUACUGCAAGAGUAAUCUCAACAGCCCAGAGCCAAACCUUACCAGAAGAUUUACAGCCCAGAGCCAAUCCUUGCCUGAAGGUUUACAGCCCAGAGCCAAACCAUACCAGAAGGUUUACAGCCCAGAGCCAAACCUUACCAGAAGAUUUACAGCCCAGAGCCAAUCCUGCCUGAAGGUUUACAGCCCAGAGCCAAACCUUACCAGAAGGUUUACAGCCCAGAGCCAAACCUUACCAGAAGGUUUGCAGCCCAGAGCCAAACUGCCUGAAGGUUUACAGCCCAGAGCCAAACCUUACCAGAAGGUUUACAGCCCAGAGCCAAACCUUACCAGAAGGUUUGCAGCCCAGAGCCAAACCUGCCUGAAGGUUUACAGCCCAGAGCCAAACCUGCCUGAAGGUUUACAGCCCAGAGCCAAACCUUACCAGAAGGUUUACAGCCCAGAGUCAAACCUGCCUGAAGGUUUACAGCCCAGAGUCAAACCUGCCUGAAGGUUUACAGCCCAGAGCCAAACCUGCCUGAAGGCUCUGACCAGCUACUGGAUGUGGUUCUGGGGGAGAGUCAACACCCCUCCUCUGCAAUCUGACCGCCCAAAAUACCCCCCCCCCCCCCUUCCGAAAUUCAAAAGACGGUGCAACCCCGCGAUAUCGUGAUUGGUCCAAAUAAAUCAGUGAAGCAAAUAGGUACACAUUUUCCACAUAACCAUUCUCUAAUCUCACGGCCGUAACAUUUUGUAACGGAGGUAUCAAGCAGAGACUACUAGAAAGAGAAGUAGCUAGCUAGGCUAAGAAGGAAACAAACAAACAAACGUGUUGUAGCCGAGGUUGUAGCUAUUAGCUACAACGAUGACUUGGCUAUCGCUAGUGAUGUGAAAACCGAGGCUUUCUUAACCCUUUGGGGCUUUUACCAAAUUGUGCCGGAAAAAAAAAAACGAUUCAAUACGCUGAGAUUUUAACACAGUGCACAUUAGAGACAUCUGCUGGUCAGCAAUAAAUAUCAGCACGCUUGAUGUUUAUAUAGACUUGGAUGGGUAUGAGUGUUGGUUAGACUGUUAGAAUCCUCCUUACCUUUUUGCCUCCAGGUUCACAAUUCAAAAACGGUGAAUCCGUGGUAUUAUUUAGGAUGCUGAAGACAAAAGAUUAUCAUAGGCUACACUAAAUAAAAUAAAUUAUUUGAACAACAAUGCCAAUGGGAAAAUAGUGUGGUUUCACAGAAAAUAAUUUUUCAACCAUAGACAGGAUUUGAUAUUGUGCCUAUGCUGGUGCCUGAGCCUAAAUCCCUGUCCCUGUCGGUUGAGCUACCGUUCAGGUGCUACACACUGGAAACAUCUACAUUUGAGGUUGGUGUGUGAAAGCAACUUUGCAUCAAAGAAAGCACUGGCACCAAGGCGAAAUCAGUGGGAUCUCGCAUUUUGCAACACACGGUUUGAAAAAGCACUUGAUCAAAAUGAAGCUUUGGGGGUCAUUGAUGACGUGGUAAUGCUACUUUGAAACCAUCUAUGCUUUGAAACGAGCAACCUAGAUUUUUUUUAACAAACAAAACAUUUAUAAAAGACAGUGGCUCCAUUGCAUGAUUAAGGAUGUUAAAUAAAUAAAAAUAUACAGCCUACGCUUAUCGAAACUCAAUUUCACAGGUUAGAAAUACAAUGUAGCCAGUGUUUUAAAGAAAACGUAACAAAAAGGUGGCUUAGAAGGUGAAAUAUCUAGAUAAAACCAAAAAGCUUCCAGCAGAUGUCGGCGCUUGUCAGUUAAGGGAUUUUGGAUUGUAAUGGUGACAGAACUACGUGAGUUUGUAUUUUGAAUUUUGUGGUCGCACACUGAGAUGUUGUUGUUGUUGCAAGUACGAUUCGCAAAUGUGUAAUUUUAAUUUUGCAAGCUUGUAUAAUGAUGUGUGAAAGAUUUAACAACGGUCGCAAACUUGUAACUUGACAUUUGAAUAUAUUAAACAAGAUUUGCAAGCAUAAUUUAUUUUCAGAAUUAUUACAAAUCCAUUUACGAGUAUGAAUAUUCUGCUGUGAAUCAAAAAUAAACUUGCAAAUUUUGACUCUGCACACACUGAGUUCAGUCACUGUUGUCACGUUACCAAGAGAUUCGUAAGCUUGUAGAAAGUUUUGUACAUUUGUAGAAAGAGAUUCACAAGUAAAAAUGAGAUUCAAAAUUGCCAUAGAUAAAAUGCAAUUGUGUUCGAUGUCCGUGGCUUAUGCCUGCCUGCCCAUACCAUAACCCCACCGCCACCAUGGGGCACUGUGUUCACAACUCUGACAUCAGCAAACCGCUCGCCCACACGACACCGUACACGCGGACUGCGGUUGUGAUACCGGUUGGACAUACUGCAAAAAUCUCUAAAACAAACAUUGAGGCGGCUUUAAAAAAUGAACGUUAAAUUCUCUGGUAACAGCUCUGGUGGACAUUUCUGCUGUCAGCAUCCCGAUUACACACUCCCUCAAAACUUGAGACAAAUGUGGAAUUGUGUUGUGUGACGAAACAGCAAUUUUUAAAAGUGGCCUUUAAUUGUCACCAGCACAAGGUGCACCUGUGUAAUGAUCAUGCUGUUUAAAUCAGCUUCUUGAUAUGCCACACUUGUCAGGUGGAUGGAUUAUCUUGGCAAAGGAGAAUUGCUCACUAACAAAUUUGUUAGAACACAAAAGCUGCCAGACCACCACAGGACCCUAGAGGUAUUACAGUCAAUGAUCACUGGAAAGCAGUAAGCUGACAGAACACCACAGGACCCUAGAGGCAUUACAGUCAAUGAUCACUGGAAAGCAGUAAGCUGACAGAACACCACAGGACCCUAGAGGUAUUACAGUCAAUGAUCACUGGAAAGCAGUAAACUGCCAGAACACCACAGGACCCUAGAGGUAUUACAGUCAAUGAUCACUGGAAAGCAGUAAACUGCCAGAACACCACAGGACCCUAGAGGCAUUACAGUCAAUGAUCACUGGAAAGCAGUAAACUGCCAGAACACCACAGGACCCUAGAGGUAUUACAGUCAAUGAUCACUGGAAAGCAGUAAACUGCCAGAACACCACAGGACCCUAGAGGUAUUACAGUCAAUGAUCACUGGAAAGCAGUAAACUGCCAGAACACCACAGGACCCUAGAGGCAUUACAGUCAAUGAUCACUGGAAAGCAGUAAACUGCCAGAACACCACAGGACCCUAGAGGUAUUACAGUCAAUGAUCACUGGAAAGCAGUAAACUGCCAGAACACCACAGGACCCUAGAGGCAUUACAGUCAAUGAUCACUGGAAAGCAGUAAACUGACAGAACACCACAGGACCCUAGAGGCAUUAUGCAUAUUGUAUGUGAAUUGCCCAUUUAUAUCAAUGACACUAAUAAAAUGGUUGGAUUGUUCAGCAACAUGUGCAGUACAUGCUAACACGGCUUUGGUGAUGAAAGGAACAUGUCAUUUAUUGUCAUCUCCCCAUCAGGCCACUGUAUGCUGUGACAAGGACCUGGAUGGUGACAUCAUCUGCUUCAAGCUGCCUGCCUGAAUACUGGGGGCCUUCAGUGGUACCUUCGCUUUGAUUACAGCUAGUCUCCUCUCUGUCUCAUAGCCAUUUAACAGGUACUGUAUGUAACCAGUCAUUCAUACAAACUGCUACGAACACAACAACUGACUUGUAUUCACUUGUCCCUGGCUGUGUGUAGACUGGCAGCCCAAUUCUGAUCUAUUUUCCACUAAUGCCAUCUUUUGACCAAUCUCAUCAGAUCAUGAUUCAGAGCUGAUCUCAUUGGUCAAAAGACCAAUUAGUGAAAAGAUCAAACUUAGACUACGUGUCUAAACGCAGCUGUUCUUCAGUCUUGUCUGGGAUAUAUACAGUAUUUUAGUCAGCACACCUGUGCGAUGUCCUUUUAAUACUGGUCUAAGGCACUGCAUCGCAGCUGUUCUUCAGUCUUGUCUGGGAUAUAUACAGUAUCUUAGUCAGCACACCUGUGCGAUGUCCUUUUAAUACUGGUCUAAGGCACUGCAUCGCAGCUGUUCUUCAGUCUUGUCUGGGAUAUAUACAGUAUUUUAGUCAGCACACCUGUGCGAUGUCCUUUUAAUACUGGUCUAAGGCACUGCAUCGCAGCUGUUCUUCAGUCUUGUCUGGGAUAUAUACAGUAUCUUAGUCAGCACACCUGUGCGAUGUCCUUUUAAUACUGGUCUAAGGCACUGAAUCGCAGCUGUGCCACUAGAGAUCCUGGUUCGAAUCCAGGCUCUGUCGUAGCCGGCCGCGACCGGGAGACCAAUGGGGCGGCGCACAAUUGGCCCAGCGUCGUCCAGGGUAGGGGAGGGAAUGGCCGGCAGGGAUGUAGCUCAGUUGGUAGAGCAUGGUGUUUGCAACGCCAGGGUUGUGGGUUCGAUUCCCACGGGGGGCCAGUAUGAAAAAAAAUAUUUUAAAAAAAUAAUAAUAAAUGUGUGCACUAACUGUAAGUCGCUCUGGAUAAGAGCAUCUGCUAAAUGACUAAAAUGUAAAUGUAAAUACAUUAAUAAAAAUGUAUUCACCCUGGAUAUGAGACUUAACAUUGAUUUUAGACCUUUUUGAAAUCACAAGCUCGAAGUGUUGUCUUGAUGGAGAAAGUCUGCAUGUUGUCAGAUGUUUAAGUAGUUAGUAAAAAUCAAAAAGAACAUGCUAAGAAAGUUAUUGUUUUGUAACCUAUAAAAAAAAAAAAAAAGAGUAGUUUAUAAAAAAACUUUAUUGCAUUUGGUGGUCAUCCCCUAAAUGUUACAAUUCAAAGCCUUGAUAGUUGCAUCCUUCCUCAGGGAACUGUCUGCUGUCAGCUGACAACAUGGUGGCAGGUUUUUUGAUGUGCUGCUCUAGAGGUCCACGGCCCAGCAGACUCACCUGGGAAUAGGGGGACGGACACGUUAGUUUUGACAAAAGUCUGGGAGACUUUUAGAGAGAGGAGCCUAAAAGUCUCCCAAUGUAUGAGUUUGAGUGAGUACAGUAAAUCAGUGGCCCUUCAUAAUAUGCUAUGUGUCAUCACACAGACAGACUGCCAUAGUGAAGGACGUUUACAUCUGUGCUCUGGAGAGAUCGUAGGUAGUUGGUCUUGGAAUAUUCUGUCUCUGUAGCACAUUGUACAAUUUACAUUUUAGUCAUUUAGCAGACGCUCUUAUCCAGAGCGACUUACAGUUAGUGAGUGCAUACAUAAUUUAUUUAAUUUUUCAUACUCCCCGUGAGAAUCGAACCCACAACCCUGGCGUUGCAAACGCCAUGCUCUACCAACUGAGCUACAUCCCUGCCUGCCAUUCCCUCCCCUACCCUGGACGACGCUGGGCCAAUUGUGCACCGCCCCAUGGGUCUCCCGGUCGCGGCCGGCUACGACAGAGCCUGGAUUCGAACCAGGAUCUCUAGUGGCACAGCUAUCACUGCAAUGCAGUGCCUUAGACCACUGCGCCACUCGGGACCACUGGGACCACAUGUAGAGAGAUGGAUAGAUGUACUGAAUGCUCUUGAAAGAAAGAGAGCCAGAGAGUUAACAUUUACAUAGUUGAUUAUUGAGGAGGGCCUUCCAAACCAGACAAAUGGAUGCGUGAAAGACGCAGCAACUCAACGGUUUUCAAUGGGAGGAGUGUGUUGUGUUGUGCUGUCCGUCAGAAAAGUUGCAAUCCAUCAACCAAUUAAAAAACGUAAAACAGCGUUUUCACCCACCAAACAGCUGCGUUGGACAUGCGUUUUAGUUUGAAGGCAGCCUUCCUCUGUGGUUCAAGGUGUAUCUUCAUGUCUGUGACUUUCGCUCUCACCCCUUUACCUCCCAUUGGCCCAGGGCCUUCUGCAAAACUCUCCAAUCACAGUAUCUCUGACAGGGAGUUACUACAGGAGAAGACAGGGCUUCUCCACUCCUCAUAUGGGUAGAGUAUUAGUUACAGUAUACAUAUGAAAAUAAAUAUGCAUGACUUACUGACAUGGAGUGCUCCAUGUUCCUGUUGGUAGCAGGCCUCAACCUGGAUGCAGGGAAAUGUCCUGCCUUGGGAGUAUUGUUGUAUUCAUCUCCACCAGGCGCCUUGAAAUCAUGACAAACCUGCAUAGAUUAAGAAAAUAAAAUGGUAACUGUAUUAUUUUCUAGAAACCUAGCUAAACUGCAGUGAUGAUGGUGGGAGUUAGCUAGCUAGCUAGCUAUCCCCCCAGCAGUUUCAAUUUAGAAAGCUAUCUAGCUAGCUAAUGGCAUAUAUAAACUUUAUCAAAUCAGAUGGUUAACUAGCAAAUAUAUUCAUUUUCCCCCUCGCAUCUAAAGCUGCCUGAUAAAGCUAGCCAGUUGAUAGUAAAACUAGGAUGAAUCUCAGAGGCCAGCUAGCUAACGCAAUAGCAUCUGUCAAUGCAAUGGCUGGUCUGGAGUUUGUCUGAAACGUACCAUUAUAUUUCACAUGAUAAGCAAACUACUGCCAUGCCUUUUUUACCUACAAGUAGAUUGUUCUGGUUUUCUUACCUCAUCCUCUCUUGCUCAUGUGGGUAUCUACUUCCUGAGAUUUGAUUGAUGGAACAAUCCAGCCAAUGGUUAGGCAGCUGUGGUUUUGGCAGAGGGAACGGAUUGGUCAGGAGUAAAAGGUCCUGCCCCCAGAGCCGCUCAAAUCGAAUUUUUACUUGCGAAUCUCUACAAAUUUACAAAACUUUCUACAAGUUUACAAAUCUCUUGGUAACAUGACAACAGUGUACUUUUUUAUUCACAGCAGAAUAUUCAUACUCGUAAAUUCUCAAAAUAAAUUAUGCUUGCAAAUCUUAUUGAAUGUAUUCAAAUGUCAAGUUACAAGUUUGCGACCUUUGUUAAAUCUUUCACACAUCAUGAUACAAACUUGCGAAAUUAAAUUACACAUUUGCAAAUCGUACUUGUAACCACAAAUCUCAAUGUGCGACCACAAAAUUCAAACUCAUCGUUUUGUCAUCAUUAUAAUCCCAUAGUCAGAUGGCAGUGUGACAUCCGAAGCUUCAAGCGUCAUCAUCAUGUGGUAUUUAAGCAAUAAGGCAGGAGGGGGGGUGUGGUAUAUGGCCAAUAUACCACGGCUAAGGGCUGUUCUUAACCACAAUGCAACGCAGAGAGCCUGGAUACAGCUCUUAGCCGUGGUAUAUUCCAAAUCAAAUCAAAUCAAAUUUUAUUGGUCACAUGCGCCGAAUACAACAGGUGCAGACAUUACAGUGAAAUGCUUACUUACAGCCCUUAACCAACAGUGCAUUUAUUUUAAACAAAAAAAGUAAGAAUAAAACAACAACAAAAAAAGUGUUGAGAAAAAAAGAGCAGAAGUAAAAUAAAGUGACAGUAGGGAGGCUAUAUAUACAGUAAAAUAAAGUGACAGUAGGGAGGCUAUAUAUACAGGGGGGUACCGUUGCAGAGUCAAUGUGCGGGGGCACCGGCUAGUUGAGGUAGUUGAGGUAAUAUGUACAUGUGGGUAGAGUUAAAGUGACUAUGCAUAAAUACUUAACAGAGUAGCAGCAGCGUAAAAAGGAUGGGGUGGGGGGGCAGUGCAAAUAGUCCGGGUAGCCAUAUUGGCCAUUUCCACAAACCCCCGAGGUGCCUUAUUGUUAUUAUAAACUGAUUACCAACGGAAUUAGAACAGUAAAAAUAAAUGUUUUGUCAUACCUGUGAUAUUUACAUUUACAUUUUUACAUUUUAGUCAUUUAGCAGACGCUCUUAACCAGAGCGACUUACAGGAGCAAUUAGGGUUAAGUGCCUUGCUCAAGGGCACAUUAACGUCAUUUAGCAGACGCUCUUAGCCAGGCGGACUCACAAAUUGGUGCGUUCACCCUAGAGCCAGUGGGAUAACCACUUUACAAUUUGGGGGGGGGGGGGGGGGGGGGUUAGAAGGAAUACUUUACCUAUCCCAGGGUAUUCCUUAAAGAGGUGGGGUUUCAAAUGUCUCCGGAAGGUGGUGAGUGACUCCUUCCGGUCUGAUAUACCACGGCUGUCAGCCAAUCAGUAUUCAGGACUCGAACCACCCAGUUUAUAAUGUUAGUUUGAUACAAGCGUCGAUACGUUGUGUGGAAUCAGUAGUGUUUAAAAAAAACUGCAUCAGAGCUCCCUUCUCAAUCGUCCCAUGACUACCUACAGUAGAGCAGAAAAAUACUUUGGUCUGGGGACCCGGAUGAACAAUACUACUAGCUAGAACUACAGCUAACUAGUCUCGGCUCCCAAGCUUCGCCGACGUUGUUUUACGUGAAGGUAAAAGCCUGUGCCGUGGGGCAGAGGCUAGCUACUACUAGCUAAUACAACUAGCUACUCGUUACCUCCUCCUCCGCCUCUGUUGGACUGUUGAGGGGGACGGCUGUUGUAAUCUCCACCGCCGCCGCCGCCUUUUGGGUGCUCAUUCCAACACUUGUCGCCAUAUCGACACCGGCCUUGCAUCCAAAAGUUGCACACCGUCAUAAUGUGGCAGAAUUUAUAGUUUUCGGUGCGGUGAAUUAAACGAAAUCCUCUCGUUUCCCACUAUACUUUUCAACACCACAUUGUUUUCGUUCAGAUUACGCCAUUUUGAAAAUGUCGCAGGGCUAUGACGUCAGUUUUAAUGCGGGUUUAAUGCAACAGGGCGCCCAUGUGUUUGGUUUUGGUACUGCAGCCAGGAAAGUAACUCAAUCAACAUAAUCAUCAGCCCCUGUAGAAAAUAGUACAGCAAAUAAUUAUUUACCGGCAAUUAAAUAAUUAUAUUACCAAAGACAAUACAAUUUAUAGUAUUAUUGUGUGUGUGUGUGAGUGUGUGUGUCUGUCUACGUGUGUGUCUCGUGUGUGUAUGUGAGUGAGAGUCACAUGGAUGUGGGUGCUCAAAUACUGUAAAUAUAUAGCCUAUGUAUAGAGCAUCAAAAUUGUCGGCCUUGAUAGUACAGUUGCUAUGUAAACUAUGUUAUUUUGAAUUUAUUGUUGAAAGUAUUGCAAGACAGAGAGACAGAGAGAAGGAGGCAGUGAAAGAGAGAUAGGAGGAGGUGGAAGGGGAGUGAAAGAGAGAGGAGGAGGGAGGGACACAGAAUGAGUAUCCGUGGGAUUCCUCUUUGCCAACUCCACAUUUCAGAGCGUUUCACCUGUGGCAGAAUCUUUAAGGGCUUUGCCAUGACAACACACAACCUGUUGAGGUGCAUUUCAGGUGAAUUUUACCUGGAGGGCCAAGCAGUGUUCACACAGUGCUACAGUCACACUGACACACACACACUGUACAGUAUCGCAAAUCGCAGGUCACCAAUCACAUGCACCUGUACACACACACCACCAAUACACUGAAACUGUAAGUCCCUUUCCCAAUAUUGUAUAAGAGACACUCCACCCUAAUAUUCCUGAAAAUAGUAUUUGUUUUGAUUAUUGUUGACAUCAAGCCCAUGCUAAUGUGAUUCUGUCUGCCUGAUUGUCUGACUGACUGCAUGAUUGUUUGACUGUCUACCUGUCUGUCUGUCUGUCUGUCUGCCUGUCUGUCUACCUGUCUGCCUGUCUGUCUACCUGUCUGUCUGUCUGUCUGUCUACCUGUCUGUCUGUCUGUCUGUCUGCGUCUGUCUGUCUACCUGUCUGCCUGUCUGUCUACCUGCUGUCUGUCUGUCUGUCUGCCUGUCUGUCUACCUGUCUGCCUGUCUGUCUACCCUGUCUGUCUGUCUGUCUGUCUACCUGUCUGUCUGGUCUGCCUGUCUGUCUACCUGUCUGCCUGUCUGUUCCUGUCUGUCUGGUCUGUCUGUCUACCUGUCUGUCUCUGUCUGCCUGUCUGUCUACCUGUCUGUCUGUCGUUGCUGUUGUCUGCUGUCUGUCUGUCUGUCUGUCUGUCUGCCUGUCUGUCUACCUGUCUGUCUGUCUGCCUGUCUGCUCUGUCUGUCCUGCUGUAGUACUGCUGUUGUACUUGAGCCGGGAACUGUCUGCCGAUGACAUAAUACGUGGGCUGUCAUUUGUUUUUGAUCUAAUGUUCCUAGAUAUGUCUAGCUGACUCUACUCUCCUUCCUCUCGUCUCUCUCUCGUCUCUCUCUCUCUUCUGGCUCUUCGUCUCUCUCUACUCACUCUCUCUAUUCUCUCCUAUCUCUAACUCUCUAUCUCUCUUCUAUCUAUCGCAUCUAUCAUACUCUCUCUCUCUAUCUAGGGCUCUCUCUCUCUACUCUCCCUAUCAUCUCCUCUCUCUCUCUCUCUCUCUCUCUCUCUCUCUCAUGUCCACUGAAAAAGGUCAGGCCUUGUCUGGAAUAAAGUGGAGUGCUGUUAGUUGGAUGGUCAGUCCUUAUCUGGAAUAACGUGGAGUACUGUUAGUUGGAUGGUCAGUCCUUAUCUGGAAUACAGUGGAGUGCUGUUAGUUGGAUGGUUAUUCCUUGUCUGAAAUUCAGUGGAGUGCUGUUAGUUAGAUGGUUAUUCCUUGUCUGAAAUAUGGUGGAGUGCUGUUAGUUGGAUGGUCAGUCCUUAUCUGGAAUAAAGUGGAGUGCUGUUAGUUGGAUGGUUAUUCCUUGUCAGAAAUACGGUGGAGUGCUGUUAGUUGGAUGGUCUUGUCUGAAAUAUGGUGGAGUGCUGUUAGUUGGAUGGUUAUUCCUAGUCAGAAAUACAGUGGAGUGCUGUUAGUUGGAUGGUUAUUCCUUGUCUGAAAUACAGUCCUUGUCUGAGUGCUGUUCAUUGGAUAUAACAAAAAGCAGCAGGCCCAACUGGACAAGGUGCAGAGGAGGGCCCUGAGGAUAAUCUCCAGAGGUGUAGCGGUCCAUCCACAGCUGGCUGCAGUGCUCAACAAGGCUCCCAAGAAACAGUAUCACUGCCCGUAUGAGCACCACUCUGCCCUGCUGUCAGACUGUAUCGUCCUGUAUCACUGCCCGUAUGAGCACCACUCUGCCGUGAUGUCAGACUGUAUCGUCCUGUAUCACUGCCCGUAUGAGCACCACUCUGCCCUGCUGUCAGACUGUAUCUUCCUGUAUCACUCCCCGUAUGAGCACCACUCUGCCCUGCUGUCAGACUGUAUCGUCCUGUAUCACUGCCCGUAUGAGCACCACUCUGCCCUGCUGUCAGACUGUAUCGUCCUGUAUCACUGCCCGUUGAGCCCACUCUGCAUGCUGUCAGACUGUUCAUCCUGUAUCACGGCCGUAGGAGCACCCUCUGCCCUGCUGUCAGAACUGUUAUCGUCCUGUAUCACUGCCCGUAUGAGCACCACUCUGCCCUGCUGUCAGACUGUAUCAUCCUGUAUCACUGCCCAAUAUAUCCUCCAACACCGGCUUCGAGGGCAUUAUCACCAACAUAUUCAAAUAAUGAUUGACACAUUUUUGUAUUUUUAUGAAUUUAUUCAUACUAUUUAAUCCUCCCACGAGAUAUAGUCCCGACACGAAUUAAGGGUUGCUACCCAAGCCGGCUGGUCGUUUGUUCUAUCGGUUCGGUUGCCAGAGAAGCGACCCAGUCUUUUUGUUCUGUAUCUAUCAUUCUGCCCAUCCAAUCAGAGAUAUCAAUAACCUUAUACUGAACCUAUGAACUCUGCGUGCACCUAGUUAUUCUUCCUACAUUGCUUAUUUAAUAAUAAUAAUAUGUCAUUUAGCAGACGCCUUAAUCCAAAGCAAUUUACAGUCAUGCGUGCAUACAUUUUUUGUGUAUGGGGUGGUCCCGGGGAUCAAACCCACUACCUUGGCGUUACAAGCGCCGUGCUCUACCAGCUGAGCUACAGAGGACCAGCCUAUUAUGGUUUGGUACCCUGCACGAGUAUAAUCCAUAGGCUAGCUGUUGUUAUCCAACAGCUGUAGCAGUGUGUGUGUGUGUGUGUGUGUGUGUGUGUGUGUGUGUGUGUGUGUGUGUGUGUGUGUGUGUGUGUGUGUGUGUGUGUGUGUGUGUGCGUGUGGGAGACAGAGAUUAUAAAACUGUUAGAGAAACUUAAUCUAGAAACACUAAUGAAUGUACAGUAUGUGUCCAUGCUAAAGCAUCUGGAACCUAUAGGACAUCUACUUUGUGCAUGACACAAGUAAUUUUUCCAACAAUUGUUUAUAGACAAAUUAUUUCACUUAUAAUUGUAAACUGUAAGUCAUCUCAGCAGCACCCAGAGUGAUAUAUGUUAUUUAGCAGACAUUUUUAUCCAAAGCGACUUAUAGUCAUGUGUGCAUAAUAUAUAUAUAUAUAUAUUUUUACAUAUGGGUGGUCCCGGGAAUCAAACCCACUAUCAUCGCGUUGCAAGCACCAUGCUUUACCAACUGGACCAUUUUAAUGUUAAGGCUAUCAUGAGAGACUACCUUUUAAAACAGAGGCCGGAUUGUGUGUUUAGCUUACAUUGUUCCAGGUGCAUCGAGAGGAAAGUCAUACGUAUUGAGAGAAGAACCUCUGGCACACUGGCCUUCGUGUAUGCCCCAAAAUGUUAAGCUACCUUGAAAUCGUAUAACAUGCUUGUAUUCUACUCUACUCUUCUCAGCAGCAGCCCCCAAACUCCCAACUGACCAACAGCCACCAGCAUCACAACAACCACCAGCAUCACAAUAGCCACCAGCAUCACAACAGCCACCAGCAUCACAACAUCCACCAGCAUCACAACAACCACCAGCCUCACAACAGCCACCAGCAUCACAACAACCACCAGCGUCACAACAGCCACCAGCAUCACAACAACCACCAGCAUCACAACAGCCACCAGCAUCACAACAACCACCAGCAUCACAACAGCCACCAGCAUCACAACAGCCACAGGCAGAGCAGUCACAGGCACCAGUCAGUACAGACACCAGUCUCUUCAGCGACGAGACCUUCAGUGACUCCCAGUUUGAGUCGGUCUUCAACGAACAGACGUGUCGUAGGAGCAUCACAAUAGCCACCAGCAUCACAACAGCCACCAGCAUCACAACAGCCACCAGCAUCACAACAACCACCAGCAUCACAACAUCCACCAGCAUCACAACAACCACCAGCCUCACAACGACCACCAGCAUCACAACAGCCACCAGCAUCACAACAGCCACCAGCAUCACAACAGCCACCAGCAUCACAACAACCACCAGCAUCACAACAUCCACCAGCAUCACAGCAACCACCAGCCUCACAACAGCCACCAGCAUCACAACGACCACCAGCAUCACAACAGCCACCAGCAUCACAACAACCACCAGCAUCACAACAGCCACCAGCAUCACAACAGCCACAGGCAGAGCAGUCACAGGCACCAGUCAGUACAGACACCAGUCUCUUCAGCGACGAGACCUUCAGUGACUCCCAGUUUGAGUCGGUCUUCAACGAACAGACGUGUCGUAGGAACCUGAGGGUGUCUCGGUCAGGCCGGUUUAAGGAGAGGAAGACGGUGCGCUCCAGUCUUCCUACUGACGACACCACAAGACAAGGACAAGGCUGGGUCGCCGGGGAAAGAGGACGUGUGAUGAUGAGGAUGGUGAUGGUGAUGAAGAUGGUGGCCAGACACUGCUCUUACUUCUCAACUUUAUUUCAAGACAAUCUAACAUGGCCGUCCGUUCUGGGGAAAGAGGAAGGUUGA